GUCUUUUCUUGCUUUUCGGAUGUUGGUUUUAGUUGUUAAAGCGAGCAAAUAUUAACUUGUGUUUGUUUUUCGAAGUGAUAAACUUAUGGGAUAUUUUGGUAGCCAGUAGUAAUCUACAGUGUUGUCUUUCUUGUAUCCAACGAACACAUUGUGGCGAACUGGGGUUUGAUCCCAUGGUAACUUUGUGCUGUGGACGUGCCAAGUCGACGCGGAAGGCGGGUAAUUAAUGUGUUUUAGUCUCAUUUUUUGACAUUAAAAAGAUAACUCAGAUAUCCUACUCCACCAGACUGAGCUCAAAAAGUCAUCCCAUCGUAUGCUUUAUCCAUGACAAGCCCUUAUGAAAUCCAGUGAUGCUGUGUUCACAAAGCAGAAUCCUUUCUGCCGAAAGUCUCCGCUGGGUAAGACGCACUACCACCCAUCAUGCGUUCGGUCCCUGUCGAAGACGAAGAAAAAAACUUCUUUGAGUCCAGUCCAUUUAAAUAAGCAAGGAAGGCCACAAUCACACACUGUGGGCCAAGAGACCCAACAGCAGUUUGACAAACUGGAUGGACAGUCUACCGUUUCAGAGUCCUGGCCGGUCAACAACUGCAGAUUGUCUCCAGACAGCGAUAUGGUUUUGUCUGCAAUGGUACCACAGAAACUGUCUGUAGCAGCAAGAAACACUAAGGAAUCUUCUGACCUAGACAUUCAGGAGUCGUCGUUGCUGGCAAGGUACAUUGAACAUUUUCGACAUGGUCAUGCUCCGAGUCAAGAGGCUUGUCAGCAGCUGGUUUCAGCCACUGGAGAGGAGCAGGGACCUCCCUGGCAUAUAUCACCUUCCAGUUCAACUCCAACUAAAUCCAGUAAAAAAGAUGUUGUGGUAACUAUUAAAGAUGACCAUCUAAGUGCAUCUGAACACUGUCAGCAUGACAGCACCUCUUCCCCAUGCAGAGGAUCCCUUAGUAUUUUGUCAGACAUGUCCAGUUGGGAAUUUGAUGACACUGAAAUACAACACAUUCAGGAGAAGGCCAGCAGACUUCUGCAAAGAAGUGAUUGGCCUGUCAGUGAUGCAUCUGUCCCUGUCAGCCCAGACAUCCUGGGUUGCUGUGGUUGCUCUUCUUCACUAAGUGUAGAUGAGCCCGUGAAAAGACCUUUCAUUUCCAGUAAUUUCCCAAAAAAGUCUACUGCAGGUACUGUGAAGCCCAGCUCUGGGUCAAUCCAAGCUGGAUCCAACUCCAAAUCCUCUGCCAUUCCUUCCUUCGUGCCCCCAACAUGUCCAGAAGAGGACAUCCUGUUCCAGUGGCGUUUGAGGAGAAAGAUGGAGCAGGCCGGGGAAUGUCCUCAGUCACAUCAACAGGCCAGUACUUAUGGAUCCACAUUUAGUUUGCAGGGUCCCAGCCAACAUCAUCCUUCAGCCAGCGGACAGCGUUCCAAGCAGGAUUUCCAGCCUCCUGAAUCCUCAAAGCCACAAAUCAAAGAAACACUCAGACCAUGCCCCCCAGCUUCAAGUCACCCUCCUUUUCCUGCCUUUGUUGUCUCAGACUUCUCUGUUUCUCAGCCUCAGACUGUCGUGCAUGUGCCUCCUCAUAUGCAUUUCCUCUGUGAUGUCUUGCCAUGUCCAAUCCAGUCAUCUCGUCUUGUUGAACAAGAAAGGAUUUCACAGAGGUUAGAUGAGUAUCCAACUUAUCCAACUACAACUGUCCCUAAGAAGACUCCAGUCACAGACACCUCCACUGAUGAACACAUUAGUAAGCUGACAACACCUCCAGCACCUGCUUCAUCUGGAGGUGUAGAAGAACAGCAGCCUAGUCAUCAAAAAAGAGCAGAGAAGGACAAGAACACGAAGGCACGGUCAAAGGAGACAGAAAAGAAUGAGAAGAAGGUCACGUCCUUCAGAAAGCAAAAAAAGUCAUCCAGAUGCACCGUGGAGCUUACUGGUGUGCAGAAGUUGUCAAACAAGAGUUCUUCACAUCACACAGCUACCAAGAAGGCAAAACCGCAAACAGAGCAGCAUCAAAAAGAGAAAUGCAGUCGAUUUUCAAGUGAGACCUGUUCUCGUGAUCAUGCACCACCUUCCUCUCCAGUUCACAGUGCAUUAGGACAGGUAGUGUCAGAAGUGUUGUUUGCUACCGUGGAUACAGCGCCUACACACAAUACCCCAGUCACGUCAUUGGCUCCUGUGUGUGCUGCUUCUGCACCUUCACAACCCUCAGCUUCUCUAAACGAUACCCAGAACUCACUAGAAGUCAUUUCACAGCUAUUGCAAGAGGCUGAAGAUUCAGAUGAAAAGGAGUUUGAAUCCGAUCCUUUGCUACAAGUUCUACGAAAACAGAGAAAAUGGGUAAAGGAGCAGAUCAGUGAAGUGAACUCACUGUUGGAGGAAUUCCUGUUUGAGGAACAAGCUGCUUGAGCUCUGGCAGAAAUUUAACACAGAAGCUUUUGUAUUUUUUAGAUAAAUAAAGUUUACUUGUACUUUAUUUCCCAGAAGAAACAUUUUUUUGUGCAUUAAACACAAUCACAUUAAAGUGCACCUUAUGUAUGAAGUGGGCACAAAAUGAAACCCUUUUUAAUUGUGAGCACAAUAUUUACAAAGAGUAGUUUGAUGUGGAAACAUUAUGCAAGAUUGAGUAAUUGCAGGACAGUAUAUACAAAUCUCAGAAGGAAUACAAGAGCAUAACAGAUGUGUUUUGGCAGACGUUAGGUGUUGCUGUGGCUGGAAGAAUUUUGUUUGAGCCUGUUUAUUUAUUUAUUUCACAUGGUGAAGUUAACUGGU